AUGGCCUACUCAGCAUACCAGCCCAAAGCGCGGGUACAAAAGCCUGCGCCUCACUUCACCGGCACUGCUGUUGUCGAUGGUACAUUUGAAGAACUCAGCUUGACCGCCUACACAUCCACCAAGCAAUGGCUUGUCCUUGGCUUCGUCCCCAUGGCCUGGACUUUUGUCUGCCCGACUGAGAUUCUUGCGUUUAGUGAUCGCGCCGCCGAUUUCGCCGCCCGCGGCGCCAGUGUCGUCUUCUCCAGCACAGACAGCGAAUACAGCUUACUCGCGUGGACCAACGCAAACAAGAGAGACGGAGGGCUCGGCAAGAUCAACAUCCCCCUGCUUAGCGACAAGAACCACAGCAUUGCAAAGGACUAUGGUGUCUUGAUUGAGGAAGAGGGCAUUGCCCUCCGUGGACUCUUCUUGAUCGACCCCAAUGGCAUUGUACGACAGAUCACCAUCAACGAUCUUCCUGUCGGACGUUCAGUAGACGAGACGCUCCGUCUGAUUGAUGCUUUCCAGUUCACAGACAAGUACGGUGAGGUCUGCCCCGCAAACUGGAACCCCGGUGAUGAGACUAUCAAGGCGACCCCCGAAGGCAACAAGGAAUAUCUUGCUAAGGUCCACGUUGACACCAAGAUGUCGGAUGUCGCGGCCAAGACAAAUGGUACUUCUUGA